AUGUUUAUCUGGUGGAAAGUGGCAAUUGUACUCGGAGUGUGCUCCGAGCAGGCUUGCAGCUCGAUAACAAAACAUGGAAGAGCUGACACUACUAAUAAAGGGCGCAUGAGUAAUCAGGUUGGAGCCGUAGGCAGCCACGCAGAAUUCGGGUUGGCGCUGCAUUCGAGACUGACCAGGAGAAGGCGCAGAGAUUCAGUGAUUCACUGCCGUGACAAAGAAUCUUAUUAUUUCAAGCCGCUGAAUGAAUGCUAUCGAAUUUUUCGAACCGAAUUUUUGGCAGUGGAUCCGAAACGAAAGCUUGCAUACGGUGGCACUCGUAGCGAACAUAUGCUCAACUGCUGGAAGAAAUACCGCGGCAGGCUGCUCGACAUAGGAUGGAAUCACAUCGGAGAGAAAAUGGAGGCAGUGAAAAAGCUCGUGGUUGAUUUUAAUCGCAAAACAUACAAGCGACAAGCUGUCCAACUUGGUUUCAUGAUCAAUCGGAAGCGCGAACUCAUCUCGCAAAACGGUCGAUACUUCGAUGUACUGGAAAAUGUGUUCGUGGAACGUGACAAUGCAGAGGAUCCUUGUCCUAGUGUGUGUUGCGUAGUUUUUUUGGUCAACGGCACUCAUUAUACCGAUGUGAAACUAGUUGAGACAAGUUGCGAUAGCCGGACCCGUACCCUGAGCUACAUUUGUGAAGCGCCAGCGCUCAUCAGUCCUGAAUAA